AUGAUUAUUGGAUCAUUGAACAUUAGAGGGGGAGUGAAUGCACUCAAAAGGAGAAGAAUUUGUUCUUUGAUCAAUAAAGGAAAAGCGGAUAUCUUCUUGGUUCAAGAAACUAAGAUUUCUAGUAUGAAUGAUGUUCUCGCCCAUAGUUUUUGGAAUUGUUCGGAUUUGGGGUUCUCUUAUUCAAAUUCGUUGGGAAGAUCGGGGGGCUUGCUCACUUUAUGGAAUAAGGACAAUGUUGAAGUGUUGAAUAGUUUCAAAGGAGAUGGUUUUUUGGGGAUUAAAGUGCGGUGGAAGAAUAAAAUUUAUUAUGUGACGAAUAUUUACUCUUCGUGUGUUCUCGGUAAAAAGAAAAUCAUGUGGAACGACUUACUUACGGUGAUGGAAAGAUUCAAAGAUGGAGAAUGGAUUAUGGGUGGAGAUUUUAAUGCCAUUAAAAAUGCUAGUGAGAGGAAAGGGAGGGCGGUUAUGCACAAUAAUAGGGAGGUGGAUUUAUUUGCGGAUUUCAUCAAUAAAACUUCUUUGGUGGAUAUCCCUUGCAAAGGGAAGAAAUUUUCUUGGUUUAGCGGAGAUGGUAAGUCUAAGAGUAGGAUUGACCGGUUUCUUUUAUCUAAGUGGGAGGUUAUUGGUCAAUUCAUUGGAGACCGGGACUUGUCGGAUCAUUGUCCAAUUUGGUUGAUGUCGGAUAAAUCUAAUUGGGGUCUUAAACCUUUUAGAUUUAAUAACGAGUGGUUUUCUAAUGAUGCCUUUAUUCCUUUUGUGGAGAAAGAGUGGAAUAGUUUGAAGGUUGGAGGAAGAGGAGAUUUUGUGUUAAAAGAAAAGCUUAAACUUUUUAAAGAGAAGCUCAAAUGGUGGAAUAAGGAGGUCUUCGGGAAGUUUGAUUUGGAGAUUGAGGGAAGAGUUCGGGAUAUCAAUACCGCCGAUGAGAAGUUGGAUUCGGAUGAUAAUUCACAUUUCAAUGAGAACCUUGAAAAGAGAAGGGAAGCGUGUUGUAGAUUUUGGAAGAAUUUGGGUAUUAGAGAGAAUAUGCUUCUUCAAAAAUCUAAAUUGAAAUGGAUUCAAGAGGGAGAUUCCAAUAGUGGCUUUUUUCAUAAGGUGAUGAAAGAAAAAAGAAGGCGCAAUCACAUUGGUCCGAUUUUCACUUCGGGCGGAGUGGUAGAUUCGGUGAAGGAAGUGAAAGAAGCGGUUUUUAAUCAUUUUGGUAAUAAGUUUAUCGAUUCGGAAGAGGAAAGACCGGUGUUGGGUGGUGUUGCUUUCAAAUCCAUAAGUGUAGAAGAAGCGGUGGGGCUUGAAAAACCUUUUCUUGUUAGCGAGAUAAAAGAGGCGGUUUGA